AUGGUGUUGGCAAAAUCCAAAAACUCCGUGGGGCUCGGCCAGAGCCUCAUGAAUGAUCGUUUUGGCAAAGGAAAGGCCUCUAACAUGAAGAAGUCGUCGCAUAAUGCCGGAAUUGCACGCAAAGAUAUGAAUGGCGAAACUUACAUCACGAACUCGGCCAAGGAGGCUUCGUGGGUCAAGAUGCGCAGUAUUACGGAGCAAGCGGCGUUGGACGAGUUCCUGACCACCGCCGAGCUUGCUGGUACCGAUUUCACAGCCGAGAAAAUGAACAAUGUUCAGAUUAUCCACACCGACCAGAAGAACCCUUACUUGCUCUCGGCCGCGGAAGAGAAAUCGGCGCUGCGCAAACACAAGAAGAAUAAAGGCCGUCUUACGGUUCCGCGUCGUCCGGCGUGGAAUGCGACGACUACUCGGAAUGAGCUUGAUGCCAUGGAGCGUGAGAGUUUCAUGGACUGGCGACGGGGACUGGCGGAACUGCAGGAGAACAACGACUUGCUAAUGACGCCCUUCGAACGAAACCUUGAAGUUUGGCGUCAGCUGUGGCGAGUUAUCGAACGGUCCGAUAUUGUUGUGCAGAUUGUCGAUGCCCGAAACCCAUUACUCUUCCGCUCCGAGGACCUCGAAAUCUAUGUGAAGGAACUCGACCCGAAGAAACGGAACUUGCUGCUCGUCAACAAGGCCGAUAUGUUGACUGAGAAGCAGCGCGAGACAUGGGCCGAUUACUUUGAGCGCCAGCAGAUUGAAUACCGUUUCUUCUCCGCACAGAUGGCCAAGGAAGCUAACGAGGCCCGUGAGAAUGAAAGCGAGGAGGAGGAUACCGAGUCGUUGGCUGAGGAUACUGAAGGUCUGAAUCUCGAGGAUUCCGGGGAGAAAGAAGCGGAUGGGGGCGUUGAUAUUUCCAGCAACCCAGCAACCCCAUCCUCCAAGCGAACCAACAUUCUGGAUGUGGACGAGCUUGAAGAGCUUUUCCUGUCAAACGCGCCCGAUGCCGCAGAAGACGACGAAGUCCAGGAGGACGGCACGCCCAAGCCUAAGAAGACAGUCAUUGGUCUCGUCGGAUACCCCAACGUCGGUAAAUCCAGCACAAUCAACGCGCUCCUCGGCGCCAAAAAGGUUUCCGUCUCCUCUACCCCCGGUAAAACCAAGCACUUCCAAACCCUUUAUCUCUCCCCCGAGAUCAUGCUCUGCGAUUGUCCCGGUCUCGUCUUUCCCAACUUCGCUUCCACGAAGGCCGAGCUCGUCGUCAACGGCGUUCUUCCCAUCGACCAGCAACGUGAGUUCACGGGCCCCGCCGGUCUCGUAGCUCAGCGCAUCCCUAAACACUUCCUCGAGGAUGUUUACGGUGUAACGAUCCGCACUCGCCCAAUUGAGGAAGGCGGCACGGGUGAACCAACUGCUCACGAUGUUCUCCGUGCGUACGCCCGCGCUCGCGGCUUCGCUACAACCGGACAAGGUAAUCCCGAUGAAUCCCGCGCAGCCCGUUACGUUCUAAAGGACUACGUCAACGGCAAGCUCUUGUUCUGCCACCCCCCACCCGCCAACGAAGCUGAGGGCGAAGAAUCCAUCGACCCCGCCGAGUUCAACAAAGAUCUCUAUGACUGGGCACAUCUCCCGCCCCGCCGCCAGGCAAUGCUCGCAGCCGCCCAGAUUUCCUCCAAAGCACCUGUGCAAGGCCACAAGUCCCAAACAGUUGACAAGGGCUUCUUUGGCCCCGGUUCAUCAUCCUCCGGCGGGCGCUUGACCAUGCCCUUCAACGCCAAGUACACAGAGCAGGGCCAGCAGAUCCGGAAGCCACUCACUGGGCGGAAGGAGAGGGUCAUGGUUGCAUUGGAGCGAGGCGUCGAUGUCUCUGAGGUGCGGGGCUCGUCGAAGAAGCACUUCAAGAUCAAGCACAAGAACCAGAAGAAGGGGAUGAAGACGGCGGCGGAUGAUGACUACUGA